GGCGCGCUCCCCGCGACAUUUGGUUGUCUUUUUCGGUCGCGCGCCUUCCCUAAGCAACCACUGCCUGGCCUUGUUUACGGCAGUGGCAAAAGGGACGUAAAAGCGCCGCCUGGGCGAGGAGGCUGGUUGAGAUAAAUCGGUAUCUUCGGAUACUUCACAACAAUUAAAACCUGUCACAUACAACUUCAACACUAACAACUCCAUGAGUGGGAAUCGAACCGCAAAGAAACGAUGUGGGGAAUUGCAUUUGGAAUCCCCUGUGCGUUAUGGUCAUGUUCCUUCUGCAGGAUGUGCACUGAGCAAGUUGAUUCAGUUGCCUACACCGCCUUUGUCAAAGCACCAGUUAAAACGGUUAGAAGAACACAAGUAUCAAAGUUCUGGACGCUCCCUGCUUGAACCACUAAUGCAGGGUUAUUGGGAAUGGUUAGUUAGAAGAGUACCAGCUUGGAUUGCCCCUAAUUUGAUUACAAUAGUUGGACUGAUAAUCAACAUCUGUACAACGAUAAUAUUAGUGUUUUACUGUCCCACAGCUACAGAGCAGGCACCUACUUGGGCAUACAUUGCGUGUGCUUGUGGCCUUUUCAUAUACCAGUCUUUGGAUGCUAUAGAUGGGAAGCAGGCAAGAAGAACUAACAGUAGUAGCCCUUUGGGAGAACUUUUUGACCAUGGCUGUGAUUCAUUGUCCACAGUUUUUGUGGUUUUGGGGACGUGUAUUGCUGUGCAGCUGGGGUCGAAUCCUGACUGGAUGUUCUUUUGCUGUUUUGCUGGGACCUUCAUGUUUUACUGUGCGCACUGGCAGACGUAUGUCUCUGGAACAUUGCGCUUUGGAAUAUAUGAUGUUACAGAGACUGAACUCUGUAUUAUAAUAAUUCACCUUCUCACAGGAACUCUGGGACCUGGGUUCUGGAAUGACACGAUUCCAGUGCUGAAUAUCCCAGUGAAAAUACUUCCAGCUCUUUGUACUGUAGCAGGAACUAUAUUUUCAUGUACAAACUACUUUGGUGUGAUCUUCACAGGUGGUGUUGGCAAAAAUGGAUCAACUAUAGCGGGAACAAGUGUCCUUUCACCUUUUCUUCACAUUGGAUCAGUCAUUGCGUUAGCUGCCAUGAUCUACAAGAAAUCUGCUGUGGAGCUCUUUGAAAAGCAUCCUUGCCUCUAUAUACUCACUUUUGGUUUUGUAUCUGCGAAGAUAACUAACAAACUGGUGGUUGCACAUAUGACCAAAAGUGAGAUGCAUCUGCAUGACACAGCAUUUAUAGGCCCAGCGCUCUUGUUUCUGGACCAAUAUUUUAACAGCUUUAUUGACGAGUAUAUUGUACUUUGGAUUGCCCUGAUCUUUUCGCUUUUUGAUUUGCUCCGAUACUGUGUCAGUGUGUGCAAUCAGAUUGCUCUCCACCUUCACAUCCAUGUCUUCAGGAUCAAGACCCCUUCCACACAUUCUAAUCAUCACUAGUUAACUUGGUUAUCAUCACAAUAAGAAAUAACUGACAAUUGUUUUCUAUGGGAGAGGAUGCAAACAUACUGAGGAGACCAUGAAAACUGGAGCAGAAAGGAACAAAUUAAUUUAUAAUAACGUUAUAUAACUUCUACUCUUUGCUAUUGAUGACACUCCUUAACUAGCCUCCUCCAAUGAAAGGGGAAUCCCAAGUACUCUCCAAUCAAACAUGCAUAUUGUCAGCUCUGCUGGUUUUGUGCCCAGGAAAGCAUGCAGAGAGUAAAGUUUUGUCUUGUAAUUGCCUUGACGACCGAAUAAACUCUUGGGUGAGUGGAUUCCCAACAACAGAGAUUUCUAAUACAUUGUAAUUACAGGCUGUGAGACAAUUUGCUUCCUAAUUUUAAUAAAUCAUCUCUUAGUAAAAUACUCAUUUACUACCCACUCAGCAUUUACUUACUAAAGAGUUAAGCUUGUGACACACAGAUAUCCCACUAGCUUUUGUGGCUGGAAUAUCUUGGACUUUUGAGUCUAGACUGUGAUCUUGUUGUUCACUGUUGCUGAUGACUGAGGUAGAUUUUUAAGAGUCCAAAAUGACACUUAGGCACAUUACUCCCAUGGUGUCUGGAAGCUGGGCGUCAAAAGUGCCAUCUUUGGAUGCAAUCCACUGUGGCUGGGCAGUCUCUCUUCAUUUCAGUUGGGUGGUGUGUCUGCUGAAUGCAAGUUGCUCAGCCACUGUGCUUGAUUAAUUGCACCUUUUGUCUUUAAAACUCUACCCACAGUGCCCUAUGAUGUGGGGUGAUUGUCAGCAUGCCGUAUAGUGUGGUAUCUGUCAGUUUAUUUUAUUUUUAAAAUAAACAUUUACAGAAUUUAUUUCUCCGUUUUCUUCACUGGAAAGUCUAUACAAAAUUUACAGUUACUUUUUUGUAUAAAAUUUAUGCAAAAAAUUAUUUCUGCUCUUUAAUAAACAAGUAAAUUCUCAUAA